AUGGCGGUCAGUGCGGGUAACCUUUACUCGGUGGCCAAUCGCGUGUCAAUUUACACAUUUGCAAUUAGCGGCGUGCCUCACUGCUGCUCUCCGCCAUUUUUCGUCAAUUAGCUUUGCCGCGUUUUGUGUGUUGUUCUAGCAAGUACACGCCAGUGUAGUAAAUAACACAUGUCUGAUUUAUCUUUGCGCGUCUGGCGUUCGGAGAGUGGUCCACGUAAUCUUCUGCAGUAUCAUUUGUUGUUCAACUAAUUUAAUAACGAUCUUGGCUAAUUAUUCACGAUGGAUUUCCUCGAGUAUCCGGAUAUUUUCGCCGAGGUUAAGGGCGCUAUGACGCCAGGCAGGUUGAAAUUGACCGAUCAGCACCUGAUCUUCAAGAAUCAGAAGACAGGGAAGGUCGAACAGAUCUCCGCCUCCGACAUGGAGAUGGUGAACUACCAGAAGUUCAUCGGCACCUGGGGCCUGCGUAUCUUUCUGAAAAACGGCACUCUGCAUCGCUUCAAAGGCUUCAAAGAAUCGGAUCAGGAAAAGGUUGCCAAGUUCUUCUCUGUCAACUACAAGAAGGACAUGCUGGAGAAGGAGCUGAGCUUGAAGGGCUGGAACUGGGGCACCGCAAAGUUCAACGGAUCAGUCCUGAGCUUCGACGUCGGCCAUCACACCGCCUUCGAGAUACCUCUGUACGACGUGUCGCAGUGCAACACGGGCAAGAACGAGGUGACGCUGGAGUUCCAUCAGAACGACGACGCCCCGGUCAGCCUGAUGGAGAUGAGGUUUCACAUUCCCGUUAGCGACAGCGUCGAUCAAGAUCCUGUCGAGGCGUUCCAUCAGCAGGUGAUGGACAAGGCGUCUGUGAUCAGUGUGAGCGGCGACGCGAUCGCUAUAUUCCGGGAGAUCCACUGUUUAACGCCGCGCGGUCGUUACGACAUCAAGAUCUUCCAGACCUUCUUUCAGCUGCACGGCAAAACCUUCGACUACAAAAUACCCAUGUCCACCGUACUGAGACUCUUCCUGCUGCCGCACAAGGACAGUCGUCAAAUGUUCUUCGUCGUGAGCCUGGAUCCUCCAAUCAAACAGGGCCAGACGCGAUAUCACUAUCUAGUGCUAUUGUUCAAUCAGGAGGAAGAGACUUCUAUCGAGCUGCCGUUUACCGAGAAGGAAUUAAAGGAGAAGUACGAGAAUAAGCUGAGUAAGGAAUUGUCGGGACCAACGUACGAGGUACUCGGCAAGGUGAUGAAGGUGAUCAUCAAUCGAAAGUUGACCGGCCCCGGACACUUCACCGGUCACACAGGGACACCCGCUAUCGGCUGCUCCUUCAAAGCCGCGGCAGGUUAUCUGUAUCCGCUCGAGCGCGGUUUUAUUUACGUGCACAAACCUCCGAUACACAUUCGCUUCGAGGAGAUAGCGUCGGUGAACUUUGCGCGCGGCGGCGGAUCGACGAGGUCCUUCGACUUCGAAAUUGAGCUUACGAGCGGUGUCGUGCACACGUUUAGCAGUAUCGAGAAGGAGGAGUACAAUAAAUUGUUCGAUUUCAUCACGGCGAAGAAAUUGCGCGUCAAGAAUCGCGGGAAGAGCGACAAGCUCAAUUACGACCAGGACUUCGGUGACAGCGAUCAGGAGAACGAGCCGGACGCUUAUUUGGCGCGGGUCAAGGCGGAGGCGGAGGAGCGCGACGGCGAGGGGAAUCAGGACUCGGAGGAAGGCUCGACCGACGAGGAUUUCAAUCCGAAUCAGGUUGAGAGUGACGUCGCCGAGGAGUACGACAGCAAUCCCAAUAGCUCCGAGAGCGAGGACUCGGACGCGUCCACGGCCAGUCAUAAAAAGGAGAAAAAGGAGAAGAAAGAGAAGAAGCCCAAGUCGGCGAAGACCGUGUCGGAGAAGCCGCGGAAGCAGAGGAAACCAAAGAAGGAGAGGGACGCGAACAAGCCGAAGAGGCCCCCGACGGCGUUUAUGCUGUGGCUGAACAGCACGCGCGACACCAUCAAGGCGGACAAUCCUGGUAUAGCCGUGACGGAAAUCGCGAAGAAGGGAGGCGAGAUGUGGCGGGAACUCAAGGACAAGUCCGAAUGGGAGGCGAAGGCGGCCAAGGCUAAGAAGGAGUACGCGGCGUCGAUGAAGGAAUACGAGGCGAGCGGGGGUGGUAAAGCUAAAGAGACUAAAGAAAAGAAGACGGAGAAGAAGAAGAAAGAGACCAAGAAAGACUCGCCCAGCAAGCAAAUGACUGGCUCCUCAUUCAAGAGCAAAGAAUACAUCAGCGAUGACGAUAGCAGCAGCGACGAGAGUAAGAAGUCCGUGAAGAAGCGCUCCGACAACGAAAGCGAGGACGAUAAGAAAGAUAAGAAGAAAAAACCUGAGAAGAGGCCUGCGGAGGAUGCUGGAAAGAAAAAAGAAACGGUGAAGAAGAAGCGAGAUCAGUCGGACGAAAGCGAGGAAGAACCCAUAGAGAGUACGCCAUCCUCGUCCGAUGCGGAAUCGAAAAGUGAUUAAUAAUAAAUGCUAUGAGAAAUUCAAACGGACAUUAUCUUUCUCGUCAGUUUACACGUAUCAAAUAUUCGUACAUUCUACCGUUAAAAUUUUUUAUCGACUACAUUGUAUUACAUUUUUGUAUUAAUAAUCACAACGGGCUGAGCCAUUCGAGUGGAUUAAUAUUGGAAAGUAUUAAUAAUAUUAAGCUCUGUGAACGCUGUGAAAGAAAAAGCAGAGACCAAUUUAUUGCUAUCGUUGAAUAAAAGGGAAUGUUCUUUAUUUA